ACUUAUGUUACUUACUGUCCUUUAGUUUGUUGUAAACUCAGUUUACUUAAUGUAAUUUCAACUGUUUUUUUAUUUUUUUUUUUUUUUAAAAAAAAUCUAAAAAACUUACAAAGAAUUGAUACAAGCUUUGGUGUAUAAAAAUAUUUAAAACAUUUUUACAUAAAACCUUUAUAAAAGUUCACCUGUCUCAUAAUUAGACGAUCAUAUAAAAACCCGCCCCAUUUAUUUAUCAGACGGAUCUAACCCAUAUUAUAAUUAUGGCGGGUCAUGGCUUUAAAGGCCUCUAGUCCCUCCACUCCUAUUUCCUACCUGUCUGAGUUAUUUAAUUGAAGUGCACUCAACGUUCUCCAUUGAAGCGUUCUCCGUUGAAUCUACUUCUUGUAUCCCCCAUUGAAGCAGCUUCUAAGGUAAGUUUGUUGUUGUUAUCAUCAUAUCAAUUUCACAAUCUAGGGUUUAUAUUUGAUCUAAUCUAAUUUAAUUAUCAGUGCUUUAAGUUUAGGGUUCGUAAAUUCUUAGAUUAUGAAACAUCAUAUUCUUAUGUCUUAAGUUCUUAACUAAUGUUAAAUUUUACAUUACUUGACAAAAUCAUUCAACACCAUGCUGCAAUUUUGUCUGGAGUGUAAACUACUUAAUUGAGCUGACAAUGCCAGGCUUUAUUUCUAGAAUAUUUCAGUGAUUUUAGCUCUCUGCAAGGGAGGGAGCAAAACAUGGGACUGGUUUUCUUAGCUUAGGGAUGGACAUCUUGAAUCUUUCCGGGUGCUAUUGGAAGUGUAAAAGGACAUUUUUCAAAUCCGUAGUGUACUUUACCAUUUUGCAGACACUUUCUCAAUUCAGGAGCUUCAGUAUUCAUAGACUAAAACAAAGCAGUGAUAUCAAAAGUCUGAACAAGGCAUUGAGAAUUAUUGAUCUUGUGUCUCCAAAAUCCACCUAUGUCAGUAAUAACCAACAUUGCCAUCUUCAACUUAUUCAGGACUUGCUACAAACGCAUUCAAAGAAUCUUAGUGAAGUUAAAGCAUCCAAUGAAUUUGCAAAUCCAUGUUUCGGAAACCAAAAUCCACCUGAUCAAAUGCUUCCAUCUUUCUCUUUCAAGGAUGAUGUGAUUUCAGGAGUUUUUAAACUACAUAGGGAAGGGUUUAGAAUUGAUGUCACAUUGCUUCCACAUGCACUAAGUAUUUGUGGCUUUAGGGGGAAUCUUCAUUGUGGAACUCAGCUUCAGUGCUUAGCUAUCAGAAAUGGGUUGAUUGUAAAUGUCUAUGUUGGAAGCUCUUUAAUUAGCAUGUACUCAAAGUGUGGGGACUUAUGCUCUGCUUCUAUGGCGUUUGAGGAGAUGCCUGUGAGAAAUGUUGUAUCAUGGACUGCUUUUAUAUCGGGAUUUGCUCAAAAGUACCAAGUUGAUGUCUGUUUGGAACUAUAUAGCCAAAUGAGACAUUCAUCUCUUGAACCUAAUGAUUAUACACUAACAAGUCUCUUGAGUGCAUGUGUUGGUAAUGGCUCCCUUGGACAAGGAAGAAGUGCUCAUUGUCUGGCCAUUCUUUCGGGUUUUGAUUCAUAUCUUCAUGUUGCCAAUGCUCUUGUCUCAAUGUAUUGCAAGUGUGGUGAUGUCGAAGAUGCAUUUUCUGUAUUUGAAUCGAUUCAUGAUAAAGAUAUUGUUUCUUGGAAUUCCAUGAUUUCAGGGUAUGCGUUGCAUGGACUAGCUUGGAAAGCAAUUGAUCUCUUUGAGGAGAUGAAAAGGCAGAAAAUGAAGCCUGACAGUAUUACAUUUCUAGGUGUUCUCUCAUCAUGUCGUCAUUUUGGACUUGUUAAACAAGGUCAUAUGUAUUUUGAUUCAAUGGUAGAAUAUGGUGUGGAGCCUGAUUUGGGCCAUUACUCAUGCAUUGUUGAUCUUCUUGGUCGAGCUGGCUUGAUUGAUGAGGGUCGGAAUUUAAUUUUGGACAUGCCAAUAAAGCCCAAUGCCAUCAUAUGGGGCUCGCUUCUUGCUUCGUGUAGGCUUCAUGAUAAUGUAUGGAUUGGUAUAGAGGCUGCUGAGAACAGGCUUGCACUAGAACCUUCGUGUGCUGCCACCCAUGUGCAGCUUGCAAAGUUGUAUGCAAGAGUUGGAAUGUGGGACCAGGUGGCAAAAGUUUGGAAAAUGAUGAAGGACACCGAUCUCCAAUUAAAUCCUGGAUACAGCUGGAUUGAGAUUGGGAAUGAAGUCGUCAGCUUUAAAGCAGAUGACACUACCAACUCCAGAAUGGAUGAGGUUUUCUGUAUGUUGGAGGGUUUGAAGUGUCAGCUCAAAUCAGAUCAUGUGCCCGAAUCUCACGAAGAGUUUGAUAUUUAUUCCUGCACAAAUAUUUCAUGAUGAAUGGGCAGAAUUAUGCUAAUACACAAAUUUGUUCAGCUGCUGCAUGUGUCCAGCCAUCUACUAAUUGAUUUUGUGAGCCCACCUACAUCGGACUCUUGGUGUACCUUUGUGGCCUUGUGCAUGCUAUGUACUAAGGGUGUUCAAUCUAGCGUCGAAUCUGGAAAAAUAGAAGUUCUCAUGCAUCUGGCAAAAACCUAGACAUGAAGACAAGAUAUGUUGGGUUUACCAGCCCCUAUGGGAUAUGCUGGUUGUCUCUGCUCUGUUCUGCUCUAUCUCAGCAUGUAACCCUCCACAAUGACACGGUAGCAACACAUAGCUUCUUGGAAGAAGUAAGCAAAUCAUUGUUGAUUUUCACAGUCCUGAGUUCAUUUCCCAUAGUGAUAACUAAUCCUGGUCCGUCAAUACCUAGAAAACAUCUGCUUGCAGACAUUUCAGAAUUGGGUUGUUUGUCCAGAUUUUGGGGAUAUUGUUAGGGAUAUAGGUAGUGGAGUUUUGAAGUAUGUAGACAUUUAGUCAUGUAUGUAAUUCUCAUAAUAUCUGCAAAAUUUUGUUAUGUUAUGAAUAACACAUAUGUACUCCCAAUAAGCAAAGUUGAAUUAAACUGAAUCCAUUUCUUGCACAGUAUACUCGCUGAACAACUUUGUAUCUCGCACACUCUCAUGUAACCUAAUUGAUUUGAUAGUGCAUGACUUGUUUAUAAUUUUAACA